AUGGACUCUCCAGCGAAGACCCACAAGAGAAGGGUCUCUGUGGGGAAACCUGCAGCCCCCGAUGGAGGCUACGCUUGGUUCAUCCUGCUCUCUGCUUUCAUCGUCUUCGGUCUCACCUUUGGGGUCAUUAAGGCUUUCGGUGCUUUCUAUGUUGAAAUACACCAGUACUUUGAAACCACGGCAGCAGGAACGUCAUGGAUCACCUCCAUCGCGGUUGCUGCCAUUCACAUUGUGGCUCCGAUAGCCUCGGCGCUCAGCACCCGCUACGGCUGUCGCUCGGUCGUGAUAAUCGGAGGACUGAUAUGCAGCGUCGGCGUUGCAGUCGGCUCUUUUUCUCGCACCAUGGUGGAACUUUACCUCACAGUGGGGUUUUUAAACGGCUUUGGUUACGCAUUAACUUGGACCCCUACAAUGACCCUGCUGGGUUUAUACUUUGAGAAGAGACGUCCGGUAGCAAAUGCCUUGGCCAGCUCCGGAGAAUGCAUUCUGACCUUCAUCCUCACGCCGCUCUUCCAGCUACUGAUUGACAGCUACUCCUGGAGGGGCGCUCUGCUGAUCCUCGGAGGCCUGCAGCUCAACCUGUGUGUGUGCGGGAUGCUCCUGAGGCCCCUGGAAGCCACAAGAGAUGCUUCCUGUGUCAGUGAGGUCAAAGCAGAAGAGGAGGGCCUGUUCCUGGAGGACCUGGAUCACGUCCAGCCAAGCUGUGAAGAAGAAAAGGAACUGAAACCAUCAGAGGAGGGUGACCAGCAGUUGUCUCCUGAAGACCUUGAGGACAAACCUGAUUUGACCAGAAGGACUAAAAGUGCUGAGCUAAAAGCCAAAAUCCGUCGCUAUGUAGAUUACACACUCAUCACAAAUGCUCGGUUCAUGGUCUACUCGAUGUUCGGGGUGUUUGCCGCCCUCGGAUUCUUUGCCCCGGGGUUGUUCCUGAUUCCGUACGCCCGCAGCAGGGGGAUCGAGGAGUACCAGGCAGCAGCCCUCAUGUCCAUCUCUGCAGUGCUGGACCUGUUUGGAAGGGUGUUUUUUGGCUGGCUGGCCAACCUCAGACUGGUGGAGACGGUGAAUCAGCUGACAGUCACAGUGAUUCUGCUGGGCACUGUGCUGCUGCUCUGCCCGCUGGCCGCCACGUUCCUGGAGCUGGCGGUUUUCAGCGCCGCGUACGGUCUGGUGUACGGCGCAACGGUGGCCAUUCACAUCACUGUGCUGGCGGAGGUUGUGGGAGUCCAUCGCCUCGGGAGUGCGCUGGGGUUUUUCAUGCUCAUACGCAGCAGUGGAGGCCUGUUUGGACCCCCCAUAGCUGGAUUCUUCAUCGAUAAGAUGAGUGACUACGGGACGGGUUUCCUCAUGGCGGGAGUGGCGCUCAUCGUCUCCGCCAUGUUCCUGCUCCUCCUCAGCCAGAUGAACCGGAGGAGUCAGGGCACCGCCGGCAAAACCCCGACGUGCUCCUGGACUAAAGCCAGCACUUCCAGUGAGAAGAGUAGGACAUGA